UUGUGAGUGGUAAGUGGUUUGCUUGUAUUAUUUUAAUCUAUAUUUGUAAUAUGUCUGGUUAUAGUAUAUUGGUAAUGUUUUUUUUAGAAGAUAAACAGCUAUGUCUUGAUUAUAAUUUUACUUCUGGAGCAGAGCAAUGUAGCUCAGAGGAGGAAAUAGAUUUGGAAAAUGCUGCAGGUUAUAGAUUUUUAUAUUAAUAGCUCAAUUCUAUUAUGCUGUUUUUAAUUUAUAUGUUUAUAACUAUAAAAUAUUUUUAUGACAUUUUAUUAAGAAUCAUUACUAGUGUCGAACCCGAACUUCCUAAACCGCCAAUAAUCACUUUCAAGGAAAAUAAAAAAUCUCACGUUGUAGAUUUUCAUACCAAUCAUACAGAGCCUAGAGUAUCAGUAAAAACAAAACGACAUACAAGUCCCUUUGAAUUUACAACAGGAACGUCAAUUAAAAAAUCUAAAAAUGAAGCAAAAGACUUGCCAAUUGCUAAGGAAGAAAUUAUUAACUUUGUGGCUUCAAAAGACAACAAAGAUGAAUUUUCUAUGUCUGAAGAAAAAUAUCGAAAGCAAUCCCUAAAGUUGUUAAUAGAAAUUAGAGAUGGGAUUAACCGAAUAUUAAACACACCGAAUGUCAGUGGAGCUAUCAAUAUAGUUAAAGUUGAUGACAUUUCAGAACUAUAUGCUGCAAAUGAUGAAUUGAAAGAUGCAGCAGUAAGGAGAAAUGCUAUAGAAAUGUUAAAAUGUGUAGGAGGAAAUGAUUGUGGCGAAAUGGUGCGCAAUAUUUUAGACAGGUUAUUUAGCAUUUCUGUAAUGUCGAAAAUGAACAUGAAAGGGUCAUCUAGACAAAGGGAUAGCAUUUAAGAAUUUAGAAUUCUUUAGUUUGAUUCAAGAGGUAGUCACCAGGCAAUUCAAUAACGUUUCAACAAAAGCACUUACAGCAGCUAUAGGAAAUAAGCUAAAGAAUGCCCCUGGACAACUAAAACGCGAUCAAGCAUCAAGUUGAAAAUGUUGUAUUGUGAUUAAAUUAAAUAUUGAUUUGAUAUA